UAAAAAUAUUCUAGAUAGAGGAGGUCCUAGGUGACUUUGGAAGUCCGCACAGUGUCAGUGCAGAUACUACUUAGCCCGGGGCCUGGUGGCUGGGCUCAUUUUCUUCUUUCCAAUCGGAGGUCUCUGCCACAAACAUGCUCCGCCACAUCUUAGGUCAUGCCAAGAAGCAUCUGAACUUGAUCCCCCUUUUUGUGUUUAUUGGAGCUGGAGGUGGUGGAGCAGCCCUGUAUCUCUCGCAUUUGGCAUUGUUCAAUCCAGAUGUUUGUUGGGACAAAAAGAAUAAGCCAGAGCCCUGGAACAAACUGGGUCCCAAUGAUCAAUACAAGUUCUACUCAGUGAAUGUGGAUUACAGCAAACUGAAGAAAGAAUGUCCAGAUUUCUAAAUGAAAUGUAAAGCUGCUUUGAAAUGAAGGUCUCCCAGAAGCCAUCCGCACAAUUUUCCACUGAACCAGGAAAUAUUUCUCCUCUAAAUGCAUGAAAUCAUGUUAAUGUAAUCUAUUGGUGAUUACACUGAUUAAUAAAUAACUGAAACUUGAAAAAAAA